UCUCUAAAAAAGAAAUAAAAAUCUUUUUUUUUACCCCAUAAAAUAAGCACACGAGAGAGAAGCCAAAGAAGCUCCAGGCAGUGAGAGAGAGAGAGAGAGAGAGAGAGAGAGAGAGAUGAUGAAGAGGAAAACCCUUACAAAGAGAAGCUAUACGAAGAAAAACAGGAGGGCGAGCAGCACCACCGCCAAAAUGAAGAAGGGCACAUUAAUAACCCACUCGCAACAGGUUCAGCACCACCAAAUCCAAUCAUCUUCUGCCACCUCAGCAGCAGCAGCAGCAGCAGCAGCGUCAUCUCGCUUCCAGAACGUUCUGGACUCCGACCUCAUCGAUCCUCAGCUGCUUGCUGAGGAUGUUGAUGAAAAAGAUUUCAUCCUCAGUCAAGAUUUCUUUUGCACUCCAGAUUAUAUCACACCAGACAAUCAGAACUUGCUCUACAGUUUUGAUUGCAACAAGGAAAACAUUCCAUGCCCCAAAUCACCGGAGAAAGUAAACACUGUCAUAUCAAAAAAGCUUCGACAGGUUCAUCCUCUCAGUCCUACUUUGUCUGACCAGCAACCAAUCGUGGAUAUCGGGAAAGAUAACAUCAGUGCAGAAGAAAUGUUAAUUGUGAAACCAUCAACUCUGGAAACCAAAAAGCCUCAAAAUUAUGUAUCACAAUCUGCUGUUUUUUUACGCUGUCAGGUUAUGCCCCCUCCUUGCAUCAAGAACCCGUAUUUAACAGAUGCUUCAGAAGUGGGUAUAGAUCCAUUUGGCAAUCAAAGAUCAAAAUGCGCAGAAGGCAAAACUUUUCUCCAGAGAAAUUCUUGUUACUUAAUGCUGCAAUCAACAGGAUUUUUUGCAGCAUUUGCCGGCGGUGAUGGCCUGUCACGCUAUCACACAGAUUUUCAUGAAAUCCAGCAAAUUGGAACUGGGAACUUCAGUUGUGUUUUCAAAGUUCUGAAAAGAAUCGAUGGUUGCUUGUAUGCUGUGAAACAUAGCACAAGGCAGUUGCAUCAAGAUGCAGAAAGGAGGAAAGCAUUAAUGGAGGUUCAAGCUCUAGCAGCUUUAGGAUAUCAUGAGAACAUUGUUGGAUACUACUCGUCUUGGUUUGAAAAUGAGCAACUCUACAUUCAGAUGGAACUCUGUGAUGGCAGCUUAUCCAUUAAUAGAUCUUCUGAAUCCAUAACAGAGGGAGAAGCACUGCAAGUCUUACUUCAGAUUGCGAAGGCAUUAAAGUUUAUUCAUGAGAGAGGAAUAGCUCACCUAGAUGUGAAACCUGACAAUAUUUAUUUCAAGAAUGGAGUUUAUAAGCUCGGUGAUUUUGGAUGUGCAACACUUCUUGACCAGAGUCUACCAGUUGAAGAGGGUGAUGCACGCUAUAUGCCUCAAGAAAUCCUGAAUGAGAAUUACAAUUAUCUUGACAAAGUUGACAUCUUUUCCUUGGGAGCAGCUAUUUAUGAGCUUAUUAGGGGGUCAAUUUUGCCACAAUCAGGAACCCAUUUGUUUAACCUCAGGGAGGGCAAACUGCCUCUCCUUCCUGGUCAUUCAUUGCAACUUCAGAACUUGCUAAAGGCAGGUUGGGUGGGGUAUUCACCGAAUCUGGCCAAAUUGUCAUCGUGCUUGCAGACUUUUAUGGAAAUGGGUCCAAACUGUCUUGAAGGCGGCAUCUUAAAAGAAAAAAAAUGGUAUUUAAUGACCAUGUUCUCUUUUACAGUUUUGUUCAAGUACGUAGUUCAGAAUGGUUCACUUACAAUUUACUUGCUGCUGUAUCUUAUUUCAUUGGUUAGAAUUGUCCCUGUGUAGUAUAGUUUGCAGGAACUGUAUAUGAAGAGAGAACAAAAUAACAUGUUAGUAGCCUUUCUGAAUUUCUUAAGGUGGCAAACAAAUUUCGUUGUCCAUUUAAGUUGCAGGUUCCCUGUAAUAAACCCAAACCUGCUUGAAGCAAUUUAUAUACUUUAUUGGUUAGGUUAAAAGUUUUUUUGUUGUAGAUGAAACUUGUUCUUUCACUGUGUAUCAAGUCUAGUCUUGUAUUGUUAUGAAAUAUCAACAAACUUUCUCCUUGUAAAAAAAAUUAAAAAACAAAACUUUCAAUUGUAUGGCUGAUUUGUCUGACGGUUUCGUAAUUUUAUCAGGCCAUGGUUUGUCCUGAUCCCGUUAGGCGGCCUUCUGCCAAGGAAUUAAUCGAAAAUCCAAUGUUUGGUAAGUUCAAAGAAAUCUAAUAUCCCAAGCAAAAGCUUAACUGGAUUUUGACAGGAACACGAGUUUUGUACGUAGCUGCUUACGAUCAGCUACCCUGCCAAGGAGGCCCAAUUGCAAGAUUAUGAAUGGUCAAUUUUGUGAGAAGCAGUCCCUUUGGGAGUACAGGCACCAAAUUUUCCUACUUGGUAGGAUGCAUUAUGAAUGUGUCAUGCUCAUCAAAUGUUGCUUUAUAGGUAUGCAAUUGCAAUGAAAAUGCCAUCAGGACUAGGAUACUGAUGAUAAUCUGAUGCCGAGAUGGAUUUGGUUUAUGAUCUUGUGGAAUGGUGCAAAGGACUCCUGUAGCCGAUCCCAACAAGUUUGGGAUCAAGGCUUGGCUGUAGUAUACUGUGUCAAAGUUGAUGGUUGAUUUAAACAAUAGAUCAAAUGAUAAUCUCUUUCCAAC